AUCGGAGUCGAGUAACAGAUUACCGCACACAGUCAUGGCUCUUUCAUCCACAGCUGCAACACUGUAUUUGCCCCGCAAGGAUCUUCAUGCACCAACGCCCAAAAACGGCUCUAUGUUGUCAAGUUCCAUCGGUUUUGCAACAAGGCAGAGAAGACUUAGCAUUAGGAGCUCGGGUGAUGUAUCAUCCGAGACACCAGCAACCGAAGCAGAAUCAGAACAAUCCAUUGAAGCUCCGAAAGGACCUCCUUCUUUGAUCUCUGCUCAUAAUGUUGAACGGGCUCUUCGUGGCAUUGCAAUAACAGAUGCAGAUCACUACGGUAGGCUUGGGCUUCAAAGAAAAUGCUCUUACGAACAGGUCACGGUGGCUUACGAAAACAAGGUAGACGAACUCCUGAAGCAGGGGCUGGAUGAAGAAGAACUCAGCAAGAAAAUGGACCUCUUAAAAGAAUCUUACUUGAUUUUGUCCUCCGUGGAAGAAAGAAGAAUGUAUGAUUGGAGCUUGGCAAGAACCGAAGAACCGGACAGGUAUGCUUGGCCUUUUGAGGAGGACAUCACCCAAACUCCUACGCAGGAACCUCCACCACAGGAACCAGAAGACGUGGGUCCAACCAGAAUGGUGGGAUAUUUCAUACUGGGAUGGUUUAUACUGUCCAUCGUGUUAUCCAUCGCCCUUGCUCGAUAGGGAUGUAUUUUUAUUCUUUCUUUCUGUCUAUAUAUAUAUAAGAGGAUUAAAGCCUAUAAUUUUCAUGAAAAAUCUGAAUAUUGAUUUUUACACGAACUCGGCUCAAAAGAAUUGCUACCAUCAUCCCUCUUACGUAUCAAGGACCCUGCAUUUGAACGAUAAUCACCACCAAUUAUACAGAACUAUGUAUUUCAUAAGCAUGCAAUCUAUGUCGAAUAUAGGAGACCUUACAGGUUUCUCACACGAAUAACCUCCCUUUUCAGCACACUGUGGGUGAACGUAGGUAACUUUGUAAGUGAAAUUUUCAUAAAAAAACAAAAACAAUUUUUGAUUUUUUGAGAUUAGCCCACCCUCACGAGGAAAAAACGGAACCUUUUUUUCUUUCAUUUUAGAAAAAGAAGAAUCUAUUUCACAUCUUGAUAAAAGAAAUGUUAACCCAAUUCUAAGAACCACAUUUAUAACGGAUUACAUAGAAUUAAACAUACCAAAAAUUAAUAUCAUUUUCAUCAGAAAAAACCAUGGUUUCCAGUUUCACGUGGUAACAUAGCAAAACACUAUGACACCAAAGAACAUUUUAGACUCAUAAACCACCGUCUCCUUUAAAAUAAGAAAAAAAUGGUCGGGGUGGGGGCGGCCUGUUAUCCCUCCCUUUCUGAAACUUCAAACUGAGGAAAUUUCUCUAAUAUUCAAUUCUACUUGUUAUUAUAAUUAUAUCUUAUUUUGGUUAAAAAACUAACGAUAUUCCAAAGACAGACUGACAAUAUUUUAAGGUAGUACUUUGCAUUCUUACUGAUGUGAGUCAUGACUAUAAUACUGACGGCGAAAAUCACAAGAUAGAAGUAAAAAGGAAGAACUUUUAUAAAACGCAAAAUUGAUGACAUGCACAUGCAAGUGUUGGAAACAAAAGACAAAUCAACGAAAUAUUAUCGACGUGACCUUCGGACCGUUCAUAGAAACUGAAGCCCUAGACUGACCACAUUCAAGGUGUCCGACAAGCAUUAUUACCAUGUUACGAAAAUGGCGUAUAAAAAAGUGUUAACCAAAUUUUUUUAUUCAAGGGUAAUCACUUUUUAUUUAUAAAUUAUUAUUAACUAGAAUGUUGAAAACUUCCCUCACAAAAUCAUAAAUAUAUAAAUUAUUUUUUUAUAUAUUUAUUAAAAUUUAAUUUAAUCAAAUAUUUAAAACAAUUAAGAUCAAAAUGGGAAAACUUUGACUAAAAUAUAAGGAGUGCAGGAGUUCUUGCAGCCUUAACAGCCACCUAAUUAGGGGCCUUUUGUUUUUUUUCUUGAAAGGGGAGGGAGGGGGGUAUAUAUAUUUGUAUAUUUUUUGUUAUUUGUGAAUUUGUGAUGUUCCAACAAGCAUCAGACUCUAGAUCAACAAAACAAAGCAAAUGAUAGAUAUGUCACCAGGACCAGGAG